AUGGGAAACUGCUGUACCGUAGCUACUGGACACAGCAUCUGCGUGCUGCGCCGGCCCCUGUUGGACUGGUUCUUUCUUUCGUUGACAGCCGCAGCACCAUGACAACAACCGGAGGAACAAUGUGUUAUUGGGUCGGAGCGCCCGAACCGUGGCCCGUGGUCGGCGAGAGCAACGGGCGCCGUGUAUGCCGCAGCCGUGAGAGAGCUGGGCUUUCGGAGCAACCGCGGAGAACACCCUUGAUUCAUAGUGUUUGUGUUGAGACGGCGUGCAAGGGUCUGACGUGGAUCUUCGUGGGAAGCAAGAAUUCUAGCUGUGCAGCGGGUGGGUGAUGGGUCAUGACCAGGUACAUCGCGAAGCUCUGAGAUAGGGCGAGAAGAUAUGUGGGCCAAGGCACGUGACUAGCCAGACUUUGUUUUCAAGCAGACCGGGGACGCCGACAAUAGGUCGUGUUGGGCAAAAUACAACAUGUUCGCUUGACCUCCCAUGCACUCAUGAUGGAGAUGAACUGGGCGAUGGCUACUUGAAAGCUGCCUCGAAGGGUCAAACACAGUCAGAAUCACGUGCCAAAGCGGGCGGGUGUUGACAGAUUGAUUUCGUGGCCCACAGCAAGCGUUUGGGUGCAACCGAUGGUACUUUUUUGUUUUCUUAGGCUGGCAUUUUUUUGAGAGCAAGACGUUGGCAAGGGCAAUUGAAGGUGCAUUAAUUUGAGAGCAAGACGUGGCUAGGGCAAUUGAAGAUCGUCUCCACGACCCCCGUCGCACAGUACAGGUGGUAUAAAGAAUUUUUAAUCAAGAGAGUGACGGUGUAGGCUUAAAGCAUUGUUGGUUGUUCUUUUAAUGGCUGCGACUUGGUUUUUCUACGCGCAUUUUUCAUUCUUGCGCGCAUGGGCAUCAUCAUGGAUUGUUUGCACUCGAGUACCACUUGCAGAUCCCCCGCGUUGGUUGAUUGAAUGGUACGAUGUGCUCAGUGUUGGGUUUAUUUUUCCCACAGCAACAAUGCAAUAAACUGGAGGUAGUGCUGUCUACAGGGCUAGUCGUGUGGCGUUCGGUACCU